UAUACUGAUGCCUGGUGCAGCCAAACUAGUGACGUCAUGGGAAACGAUAGAUCUAUGACGAAUACACAACUCGAAACAAGAAUCGAAAGUCGCUGAUCUACUAUUACUAUUAGUAUACAAGCUACAGCCUACUAAUAAUAUUAUACUAUAUUAUAGUAUAUGUAGUUAGUUAGAAAACAUUGCUAGGAUCUUACCUACAGGCUGUAUUCAAAAAUCGUUUUACCAUGGACUUACGACGAGUUAAAAAUGAGGACAAGCUUGAUUUAUGUCGAAAGUAUUGGAUAGGUGGUUGGUGCCUUCUUCCAUUUUUGUGGUGUAUCAACAGCUUUUGGUUUUUUAAUGAAGCUUUCAGAAAACCACCCUUUGAUCAACAGAAGCAGAUCAAAUCAUAUGUGAUUAGAUCAAUGGUAGGAUCGCUCCUCUGGAUGGCAGCACUAGUCACUUGGAUAUGCAUGUUCCAACUGAAACGAGCAGAAUGGGGCGAAUUUGCCGAUCGUAUUAGCUUUGUUAUACCCAAAGGAAUUCCUUGACCGUUGGUAAUUUUUGCUUUCCUAUUGGAUUUCAUCCUCAACACAACAAAUUGGUUGGUUGUAGUUGUAACGGUGUGCACGUUACAUAUUUCUUAUUGGAAUUGCAUAUUAUAACUCACAAAAAGAUAUAUAUUUGCAUCAAAUGUUAAAUUAUAGCUUGUAUGCCUAAAGAAUACAUAUUAAAAGGAAAAAGCAGAUGCAAUUCACAAAAAAUUGUGUAUAUAUGAAUUUUUCAUAGAGGCGGUAAACUUUAUUUGACCAAUUGUGUAGAUGUCUUUGCAAGAGUUUUGUGUAAUUUGUAUACAUAACAUGAUAAAAGUUUGAUCGAUAGAUAAUUCCAUAAUUGUACUUUAUAAAAAUGUAUAAAAUUAGGUCCUGACACAUGUGUUUAUAAAUAUCAAUUUUUGUAAAUAAAAUUUCCUUAAUUGCUAUUUAUUC